CGUUUUCCGCGUUUUGACGUGUGGGACUUGAGUAGCGCGAUGACUCUCGCGUUACGUUGCAUUUUGCUCUUCUUAGAAGAAUGAGCCUUUACUCACUGCAUUGAAUAGACUAUGGCUUUCUUGAUUUGCAUGCGAUGACCCGGCGUUUUUCUUUUCUCGAAAAAUGGCACAGCCUGUGAUCGCACCUAAACCUAUGUUCGUUUUCGAGUCGUGCUCCCGAAACUAUCAUCUGCUCUUUGGCAGCUGGCACCGUAGCCGGCGCUAGAAUUCUAUUAUGUCAGACAUGCGAAGGCCUUUUUGCGUUGCUUCCUUGUUCGGCUGUUGCACAUCGGCUAUGUUCGUGCCGUUCAGAUACAGCAAAACUACGGUUCUGAAGAUAUGUGUUCUUUAUCGACGCCUCCUGGCGACAAAGCAAAACGAACAGAAUCCGUGUCAGUCAUUUCUUGUCAGUGUUCGCACGUAUAGCCUCUCUCUUCCUUAAUCGAGCGAGCAAGUCGGAGAUCGAAAUUAGAUACUUGAAAUGUGUGCUGCUCAGGUGAAGCGAAUCUGUAUUUCCUCUAGUUGCUGUAGACUCGCACAACAUGUAUGACUGCAGCGCAAUUGGCAGGCGUUUUUUUCUGCACGGAGUGCACAGAACACUCAACUAUUUGCGGAAACAAGCACGCCACCUCGAAAAUGAAAUCGACCUCAAGCUUGUCUCCUUCAGCAAGCUGGGCACUGGCUUUGGUUCCAGAGAGCUCAAGAAUGAAAGCCUUGACACUGCGCCAUUGCUUGGCAGGGACCACAUGUUCGAGACAAUGACUUUGGAAAUAGAGCAACUGCUAUCCAAGCUGGGUGAGGUCAACGACCAGAUGAGUCAGGUGCAGACGACGAGCGGGCCCCCCAGUGCCACAGUGCUGCACACGCUGCAGCGCCACCGGGACAUCCUGCAGGACUACGUGCGUGAGUUCCACAAGACACGCACCAACGUCCAGGCUCACCGGGAGAGGGACCUGCUCCUUGGGUCCGUGCGCAAGGACAUGGAUUCCUAUAAGAACUCGUCAAGUCUCAAUCGGCGGUCAGAGGGCUACCUAAAAGAACACGAGCACCUGAAAAAUUCAGAUCGGAUGGUGAAUGACCAGAUAAACAUCGCCAUUCGAACAAAGGAUGAGCUGCUGAGUCAGCGCAAUGCCCUGAAGGCCAUUCAGACCAAGAUGACCACUCUAGCCACAGAUUUCACGGGCCAUUUACACCCACAGUCACUGCUCAGUGAGAAGGUGAUGGCGUUGAUUAGCGACCACAGUGUUAUGGUUACAAAAAGUCAUGCACCUGAACUCGUUGAUAUCCCACCUUGAGGACAUUGUCUUCUCCGUUAUCGGUGUUUAUCUUGUUUAUCUAGUUUUGGUAACAAGUUGAUCUAAUGGCUGAAUGUGGAGCAUCACCAGAAAUGUUGUUUCUGCGGAGCCUCUGAAACAACUUCUAAGCCAUGGAACACAACUGGCAUUGCUGACUUCAGAAGUGGAAGCGUCUCUGUUGAGGUGGCCGGAUAUACUUACCAACACAUUCCCAUCGUCUAUACCCAUUCUUGCACACAACGCAGCUCUUGAAUCAUAAUAAUCUAUUAGUAGAACGUGCUGAUUGAAGAAGUAGUUAUUUGAACAAUCAUGCAAACUGUCGAGUGCCCGUUGUUGCCUUAUAUGCUUGAACCAUUGCAUGCCGAACCGGUAACCGUUCUGUUUGGGUUCAGUUCCACUUAGAAUAGCAGUUUAGGCAUGGUUUUUGGUUUGAGUUCAGUUCAAUGCCCUGAUUCGCACAUUUUACUGUAUCUUUCACCCCUUUAUCUUUGGAUAACUCGAAACUGAUUGAGCAACAAACGACACUUCUGUUCAGAAACCCUUGCACUGAACAAACCUUAAUGCCUAACUUGCAGAAUUUGUUUUUAUAACACACAAUCAGAGAAAGAAAGAAAUAUGUUGUGAUCUUGGUUUUACAACAUCAAACUAAUGGAGGUGUUACAAGUGUGAUGAUCACUUAGUAUCACUAAGAAUUGUACGGUAAUCUCAUUUAUUCACUACAUUUCAGUAGCAGUAAUGGUGUUUGCUAUUGCCUGCAAGUUUACAGGCAGUAUUUGCUGAUAAUCAUUGUUGGGCAUUUCACUCUCGGCUAGCUUGCAUAGACUGGCUAUAGCAGAAAAUGCGAGUUUUACUGCCACAAAAAAAUGUUACGUAUUAUGACAACUUCAUCCUGAUGAUAACUUCUGGAGAUGCUUUCACAUUCAUGACAUUCCGUGUAGUUGGUGCCAGUUGCACUGGUGCCUACAAGCGACAGCAUUCUUGACUAAGUGCCAGAAGCGCUAUCGCCAGUUCCUGGCACUUAGCUGUGAGGAUGUCGACACAUCCAGCACUAGUCACAUAAAAAUACGGUCCCAGGUUGCCACAUCUAAAGUGGCCUAUUAGAUUAAUCGCCAACUCCACUGAUUGGUAUCAAAUAGGUUUGUGUUGCAUUGCGUGUUUCUAAGGCACACAUUAGGUGGGAUGAUAUGAAUGCUUGGGAAUUGGAGUGAACAAUUUGAAAUCCACCGUCAAAAAUGUACCAGAGCCCAAAUAGAGAAAUGAAGGCAUGCUUUGUCAAUGUGAAACUACAAACGAGCACUCCAGCUUGACCACUGGAGUUCACCGUACGUUUAGGCUGUCUGUGCAAGUCCUGUGUUCACUGCAUAAUCACUUCAGCCAUUGUCCAAAUUAUAUUGGUCAUUUCCCAUUUCAUGUGUUUGUUGAUAUGGCUGGAAAUAUUUGUGAUUUAUUAAUUGUGGCUGUUUUAAGAAAUCCUUGCGAGCAAACAAAAUCACUUUGGGAUUUUUUUUUUAACAAGUAUACAAUGAGCAGCAAAUAUAAUUAAUGCACUAUGAAUGUGAUCCCUCUUUAGUUUUUACCGUUGAAAAGAUCUGAGCUUGCUCUGCUAGUCUUUCGCUGAGCCUUGAAGAAGACAUGUUGCCUGUGUGCUUUAAGGCUCUUAUUGAGUAAUAGAAAAAAAGAAAAAAGUCAUGUUUAUAUUAAAUAUUUGAGUGAAUGCGUUAUAAUUUACAUUUUGACGUGCAAUGCAUAUUGGCCUCUGUCUUUUAGUGUGUGCAAGGACAACAGUUCAAAGUCAGCAACUGCACAAGGCCUCAUCAUUCAUGACAACGGACUGAAAGUAACAUUCAAAUCAAAAACAACCAAUGCAUGAACAUUAUGAAUACUGAGGAAAAAGCCCAGAACUCAUUUAUAUACAUUUUAAGAAAUGGCCCUACGAUGUAGGCAUGAAGUGCUUUAGCUUUUUCUUCAUUAUUGACAAGUUCAGAUAGUGAUUGAAUUCAGAUAGUGAUGUCUGAAAAUACCUGCACCCCUUCCCUCAUUCCUGUCUCACCAAAGAGCCAUUGGUAUUAGUAAAUAAAUGCUUCAUUCACUUCACACUUCACAAAUAUUUACCAAUUUUCGGAGUGUCAUUAAUGGGCUUUAUCCCGAAACACAUUUGGUGCACUUUACAAGUGGCACUAGCCCUUUUCUACCUGUAUUAGCCCUGAUAAAAUGAUUGCUUUGUUGAUAGGGCAUGUCUCAGAUUCUAGCUGGGUUGAAAGCUGGGUACCUGAAUUGAUCAGUAGGGAAAGGUUUGAUUUGGUGCAAACCUGACUUACAGUGCAUGCAUAGACAAGGGGACAGAAAGACUGAUGAAGACAAGCCCUUGUCUAUGUAUGCACUGUAAGUCAAGUUUGCAAUGGAAUUCCAAUUAGCCCACACUCAAACCCUGCUUCAGUAGAUGAGUUGCACUUGACCAGUGACUACAACAGUCUGCAACAUGGGGGUUGCAAUAUUGGCUGAAAUCCACAUGUCACCAAUGAGCAAGAGAUAGAAAAAAAACUUAAACACUGUGGUCAUGCAGAGUUGAGCUGCUUUGCUUUAGUUGUCAUGUGCCAGGCCGAGGUGUGCGAUUAGAUCAAUCAUAGUUUGCACAUAGUUGUGUGAGUGAGAAUUUCGUGCUGGAUAUGUUUUGAUGAGAUCAAUGAAGUAAACACUUGAUUAACAACUUGUGAGGAAUAUGCGAAUGGUGACGGUGAGAGUUCCAGAUUCGGUAUGAGUGCAUGGUAAAGUUGAUUCCUUAACAACACUGACGACCGCUUUCCCCUGAUCAACAGCCUGGUGCAAAGGAUCAACCUACGCAAGCGGCGGGACUCCAUCAUACUGGGCCUAGUCAUUGGGACCUGCACAGUGCUGUUGUUGCUGUACGUUACCCGCUGAAAUUCGCGGCUGCUGCCACUGGUGAUUGUCAAUCGCAUGUAGCUUCUCGUGCCCAAGCUCCUCCUAAAAACUCGAGUGAGUUUUUAAUUAAAACAAAGGUCAUGGUUGGUUGACCCCCUCUC